AUGGAUCAACAAAAGCUUGUCGCGCUGCUUCAGGCGUGCCAGAUCCCUGAUACCCAGAUGGUUAAGGCUGCCACCGCCGAACUGCGCAAAAACUUCUACCCUCACCCAGACUCAUUGUUGGGCCUGCUCCAUGUGAUUGUCUCCCACCCCGAGCCCACAGUGCGUAUGCUCGCUGCUGUCCAGGCCCUGCGACUCGUGCCCAAGCACUGGAAGAAAAUAAACGCUUCUCAGAAGCCCGAGGUCCGCAACCAGCUGCUCCAAACCAUUAUCAACGAGCAAGAUGGGAAGUGCCGCCAUGGCCAAUCCCGUGUUAUCGCUGCCAUUGCUACCCUCGACUUCGACAACAACGAGUGGGCCGACCUGAUCCCCAACGUCACCCAGUUGGCUACCUCGGACAGCGUCGCCCAUCGUGAGGUCGGCUCCUACAUCAUCUUCAGUCUCCUCGAGGCUAACCCCACCUACUUCGAGAGUCAUCUGGCCAAGCUCUUCGAACUGUUCACCAAGACAAUUCGAGACCCCCAGAGCCGAGAUGUCCGUGUCAACACUAUGUUGUCUAUCAGUGCUGCCCUCAUGCUAAUCGAUGUUGAUGAAGAUGAGCAAGCAUUAAACGCCGUUCAGGAGUUCAUUCCUGCCAUGGUUGACGUGCUUAAGGACGCUGUGCAGAACCAAGACGAUGAGCGCAUCCAGCAAUCAUUCGAGGUCUUCCAGUCCUUCCUCGCUUAUGAGUCUGCUUUGAUUUCCCGCUACUUCAAGGAUCUCGUCCAGUUCAUGCUUGAGCUAGCCUCAAAUUCUGCUGCUGAAGAGGAUGUACGCUGCCAGGCUCUAGCCUUCUUGGCUCAAUGCGUCAGGUACCGCCGUAUGAAGAUCCAAGGUGUCCCUGAAAUGGGUGCCCAGCUGAUGAGGAAGAGUUUGAUGAUCCUCUCCGAACUAGAGGAUGAUGAUGAGGAAGACGACACUUCGCCUGCAAGGGCGGCCUUAGCCUUGAUUGAGCAGCUCUCGAGCGACCUACCUCCUCGUCAAGUUAUUGUACCCCUACUAGAUGAUUUCCCCAAAUAUGCCACCUCAGAGAACUCUGGCCAUCGCAGAGCUUGUAUCUUGGCGCUUGGUACUUGCGCUGAAGGUGCGCCUGAAUUUGUUUCGACACAGAUUGGCUCACUGAUGCCUGCCGUUCUUCAACUCCUACAGGAUCAGGCACGAGCUGUACGAUACUCGGCACUCGUAGGUCUCAUUCGCAUUGGCGAAGACCUUGCCGAUAGCAUGGCCGCUCAUCACGAUGCCAUCAUACAGGCCCUGCUCCUCAAUCUAGACGCCGCUGGCAAUGACCAGAACAGCAAGCAAAAUGUAGAGAUUAUCCGUUCAGUGUGUGGUGUGAUCGAUUCGCUAGCCGAGGGCCUCGGCUCUGAUGUGAUGGCCAAGUAUGGCGAGACAAUGAUCCACCGCGUUGGGUCUUUCCUAUCUCAUUCCGACUUUACCGUCAAGGCCGCCGCAGCUGGCGCUCUCGGCGCUAUUGCUUCAGCUGUCAAGAGCUCGUUCAAUCCAUUCUUGAAGGAGACAAUGGAGGCGAUGUCCACUUACAUCAUGGCCGAGAGCGGUGAGGAAGAGCUAGCACUCCGAAGCGCCGUCUGUGAUGCCAUGGGCCGAAUUGCGGUAGGUGUUGGCGCCCAGGAGUUUCACCCUUAUGUCAUGCCGCUAUUAGUGGCUAGUGAAAAGGCUCUGCAUCUGGGUAACGCCCGUCUGCGUGAGACCACUUUCAUUCUCUGGAGUCAGCUCGCCACCGUCUACGAGGGCGAUCUAGGCGAUUCUUUGACAGGCAUAUUCAACGGUCUCUUCGAAAGUCUUGAGCUGGAAGAAGAAGAAGUUGACUUUGAUCUUUCAGAAGAGGGCCUCGUUGCUGAUAAGAAGGAUAAGAAAGACGCAGUUGAACUGGAUGACGAUGAAGAAGAUAUGGACGACGAUGACGAUGAUGACGACUGGGAUGAUCUAGUCGGCGUCUCUGCACAGGCAUUGGAAAAAGAAAUUGCCCUUGAAGUUCUCGGUGAUGUCAUCUAUGCUUCCAAGGAGAAGAGCGCUGCGUAUAUCGAGAAGGCUGUAGAGCUUGUCGCUCCCUUCGCGGAACACUCGUAUGAAGGUUGCCGCAAGACAGCUAUCGGGACAUUGUGGCGUACAUACGCGUGCGUUUGGGAAGUAAUGGAGAAGCAGACUGGCCAAAAGUGGGCACCUGGUCUGCCCCUGAACUUCGAGCCAAUUCCCAAUAUCGUUAAGCUUGGUGAAAUUGUGACAACCGCCACAAUGCACAUCUGGCAAGACGAAGCUGACCGGGAUGUCGUAACGGAAAUCAACCGCAGCGUGGCCUCCACCCUAAAAGCUACUGGCCCAUCUGUCUUGGGUCAGAAGGCUAUGAUGGAACAAAUCAUCACAGUCCUGGGUACCAUUACGACCAGAUGCCACCCUUGCCAACAGGAUCUUGGGGACGAAGAUGAGAACCAAGAUGAUGUCCAGGGCAGCUCUGAGUGGGACUGGCUUAUCAUUGAUACCGCACUAGAUGUCUUGAUCGGAUUGGCUGCCGCCUUAGGAUCCCAGUUCGCCGAAAUCUGGAAGGUCUUCCAGAAGCCAAUACUCAAAUUCAUCAGCUCAAACGAACACAUUGAGCGGUCGACCGCUGUUGGCGUCGUGGCAGAGUGUGUCGCGUACAUGGGUUCUGCUGUGACUCCUUAUACGUCUACUCUAUUACCUCCGCUACUUCACCGCUUAUCGGACGAAGACCAGGAGACCAAGUCGAACACAGCCUACGCCAUCGGACAACUUGUGUACCACUCCGAGGAUCAAGCAACCUACUUGCCUAGCUUUCCGCAAAUCCUGCGUAGCCUGGAGCCAUUGCUACAAAUCCAGGCCCAACGUCUGCAGGAUAAUGCAGCAGGUUGCCUUUGCCGCAUGAUUCUAUCUAACCCAGACCAAGUCCCUAUCUCAGAUGUCUUACCAGCGCUUGUUGACUUACUGCCCCUUAAGGAGGAUUACGAGGAAAACAAGCCCGUCUACCAAUGCUUGCACAAGCUUUACGUCGCGGGCAAUCCUACCGUACAGGAAUUAACACCUCGCUUGAUACCCGUUUUCCAACAAGUCUUGGGCCCUCCGGAGGACCAGCUUGAGGAUGAGACUAGACAGCUCGUGGCAGAGCUAGUGCAAAAUCUCCAGAAGUAA